GGUGAUGCAAAUGGAACCGUCCGGGCUGCUGAAAGAAUAAACCACCAUCCCCAAUCCCCCCCUCAAGUCCGAGGCUGGACUAGAGGCCAGAAUGAGGUAUCCGCUGGACGACGCCUUGGGCGGGAGCUACCUGCAAGUGGUGCAACGGACGCCGCUGCCGGCCUAUCCCUUUGCCCACUCCUCGCCGCUGCUUCAGGCCGUCUUUCCGCGCCCCUUUUACGAGGCGUCGUUGGGCGUCGCAUGGCCCCUGAGUUUCUCGCUGGCCUACUACCUCAUCGCAAAGAGCGCCAAUGCGCUGCUGCGCGAUGACAAGGCCCCGCGCGACUGGACACGGGGCAAGGGCGCGUGGUCCACGCUGCUUCGCGCUUUCAUCGUGCUGCACAAUGCCCUUUUGUGCGCGUACAGCCUGGCCACCUUUCUCCUCAUGGCCCCCGUCGUGGCCGAUCUCUUUUGGCAGGGCUACGCCGCGGCGGGCCACGAGGGAGUGAAGCUGGCCCUGUGCGCGAUGCCGACGAACCACGCAUACCUGGGCCGGUGGGCCUACCUCUUCUACCUCUCAAAGUACUACGAGGUCAUCGACUCGCUCGUACUCUAUCUCAAGGGCCGGGCAAUUGGAAACCUGCAGAGCUACCACCAUGCGGGUGCACUCCUCGCCAUGUGGGUCGCCUACCGGUUCCAGUCGACGCCCGUCUGGGUGUUUUGCGUCUUCAACUCGGCCGUCCACACGGCCAUGUACGCCUACUACCUCUGCUCGGCCAUGCGUUGGCCAUUUCCCAAGGCGCUCAAGCGCAACCUGACGACGCUGCAGAUUGCCCAGAUUGCCUCGGGCACUCUCCUCACCAACGUCUACUUUUUCCUGCUCCUCGACCCCAUCCGGCUCGCCGCAGCCUUUGCACGCACGCCCACCUCGACGCUGCUCCCCGCGUCGCUCUUCGCCUCUGCUUCUUCCACCUCUCUCGCCAAUGCCUCGGCAGCCUCAAAACCAUGGACGCUGGCUGCACGCCUCUUUGGCCGAAAGGCUGCCGCUGCUGUCGCCGCCGCCGACGCAGUGCCAAACGAGAUGCUGCUCUCGACGUAUGCGCGCGCCCGCCUCGCGACGUCCGACGCGUCCGUCUGCCUCGACCGCCAGGGCGCUGCGCUGGCCCUGCACGCCAACACCCUCUACAUGAUUCCGCUGCUUGUCCUGUUUGCGCGCUUCUUUAUUCGCGCCUAUCUCGCGCCGUCCAAGGCAAAGACGAGAAAGGAGCUGGAGCAGGGCAACAUGAAUGGCCAGAAGAAGGUCAUUUGAGGCAGGCUGGCUCGGUGCCAGUCUUGUGUGUCACCUGCCUCUCUGAAGUGAGAAAAAGGGAGGAAAAGACAAGGGUUGAGUUUUCGUGUGGCUUCGUGAGCAACUAAAGGAAGGAAGAGAAAAGGGCGAAGAGCGAGGGUGCGUCCCCAUUGGCAAGACUGGCGGACGGGCGCAGAGUAUCAUAGGCUUAGCAGCGAUUAAUACAAUGAUCCGCCAUCAGAGACACAGCAGCAGAGUGUCAGGCAGAGAG